AUUACUGAGGCCAUGGCUGCACUUGAAUUGGAUAUACUCAUUGACAUCAACAGGCAAAGAACAAAAGAAGAUUUUGAAGAUAUUACACGAAUUUACUGAACGAAUUAUUACGGAAAGAAAACUUUAUCAUGAGCGCACUAAUGGUCGAUUUUUGAAAAAUUUUGAUAAUGACAUAUCGACUGAAGAGGAUGAUGUAGAUACGAUGAGAGUACGAAAAAAACGGCUUGCAUUGUUGGAUCUUCUAAUAGCAGCCUCUCGAGAGGGUCUUUUGACUGAUUUAGAUAUUAGAGAGGAAGUCGAUACUUUUAUGUUUGAGGGUCAUGAUACUACAGCGAUGGGUAUAUGCUUCUUAUUACUACUUUUGGCUGAGUACAAAGACAUUCAG